AAGCAGCUAAGAUGUGAAGAAUUUAUCGUCUGAAACACCUUUUUUUCUUCGCCCCUCGGACGGUCACUGUUCAGAGCGCGCGUUUGAGAGAAAAACGGAUUUAUCAGCCGUGAUGUGAGACGCGCUCGAGCCUGAUUAAAGAGCGGCGGUUAUUUUUGGUGUUCGGUUCCGAGAAGCAGCGGGAGGGACACCUGAUACACCGCGCCGCCUUCAGGGCGCUAUCUGCCGCUUAUUUUGAAACGCCCCGUCGUCGUUAAUGCGGAUUUAAAGGACGCCGAGCUGUUGGUUUCCACACGCAGCGAGACUGUGUGUGAAACUCCGCGGCGCUGUCAGUGGGGCUGAGGGAGAGAGAGAGAGGGAGAGAGGGAGACGCUGCUGCGCACACAGGGCGGGUUUGAGCCAACAUGGCUGAUGGCUGGGGCUGCGCGCGCGGGCAGGAGCUCUCCAACGCUGCUCGAUGCUAGCUGUGGCAGAUCACAACGCUUCCCACGACGGCACCUCUAGAAUGACUAAUAUCUUCCCGAAUAACCAGGACUCUUCUGUCUCCAUGUCCAGGAUGGACGUGAUCAUCCCGUUCUCCCCAGACGUGCCGUGUGAUAACAAUGGCCAGCGCAUGUGGUGGGCUUUCCUCGCCUCAUCCAUGGUGACGUUCUUCGGGGGCCUCUUUAUCAUCCUCCUGUGGAGGACCCUCAAGUACCUGUGGACUGUCUGCUGCCAUUGUGGCGUCAAAAACAAGGAGGCCCAGAAAGUGAAUAACGGGCAGGCAGAUGGGCCAGUGAAGGGCCAGGAUGAGAAGGAUGAUGCCCCAGCUAGUGAGGUGGGCUGGAUGACCUCAGUGAAAGACUGGGCCGGGGUCAUGAUCUCAGCACAGACUCUCACAGGCAGAGUACUGGUGGUCUUAGUCUUUGCUCUCAGUAUUGGAGCCCUUGGAAUAUACUUCAUAGACUCGUCUGACCCUAUAGAAUCCUGUCAGAAUUUCUAUAAAGACUUCACGUUACAGAUCGACAUGGCCUUCAAUGUCUUCUUCCUACUCUACUUUGGUCUGCGUUUUAUUGCAGCAAACGAUAAGCUGUGGUUCUGGCUGGAGGUGAACUCUGUGGUGGAUUUCUUUACUGUGCCACCAGUGUUUGUGUCCGUGUAUCUUAACAGGAGCUGGCUGGGUCUGAGAUUUCUAAGAGCCUUGAGACUGAUACAGUUCUCAGAAAUUUUACAGUUUUUGAAUAUCUUAAAAACAAGUAAUUCCAUCAAGCUGGUGAACCUGUGUUCCAUCUUCAUAAGCACAUGGCUCACAGCUGCAGGAUUCAUUCAUCUGGUGGAAAACUCAGGGGAUCCUUGGGAAAACUUCCAAAAUUCCCAACCACUUUCAUAUUGGGAAUGCGUGUACUUACUCAUGGUCACCAUGUCCACGGUGGGAUACGGGGACGUCUGUGCGAAAACCACCCUUGGCCGGCUUUUCAUGGUCUUCUUCAUUCUUGGCGGUUUGGCCAUGUUUGCCAGCUACGUCCCUGAAAUCAUAGAGUUAAUAGGAAACCGCAAGAAAUAUGGUGGUUCCUAUAGUGCGGUUAAUGGCAGAAAGCAUAUUGUGGUCUGUGGUCAUAUCACACUUGAAAGCGUAUCCAACUUCCUUAAAGACUUCCUACACAAGGACAGGGAUGAUGUCAAUGUAGAAAUUGUUUUUCUUCAUAAUAUUUCCCCUAAUCUUGAGCUGGAAGCCUUGUUCAAACGUCAUUUCACUCAGGUGGAAUUCUACCAAGGAUCUGUUCUUAACCCACAUGAUCUAGCUAGAGUCAAGAUCGAGUCAGCGGACUCGUGCUUAAUUCUCGCCAACAAAUACUGCGCAGACCCGGAUGCUGAAGAUGCAUCAAACAUAAUGAGAGUAAUAUCCAUCAAGAAUUACCAUCCAAAGAUAAGAAUAAUUACUCAAAUGUUGCAGUACCACAACAAGGCCCAUCUGCUAAACAUUCCCAGCUGGAACUGGAAGGAGGGCGAUGAUGCGAUCUGCCUGGCCGAACUGAAGGCAGGUUUCAUAGCCCAGAGUUGCCUGGCACAGGGCCUGUCCACCAUGCUUGCCAACCUGUUCUCCAUGAGGUCAUUCAUCAAGAUUGAAGAGGACACAUGGCAGAAGUAUUAUCUGGAGGGAGUGGCCAAUGAGAUGUACACCGAGUACCUAUCCAGUGCCUUUGUGGGCCUUUCUUUUCCUACAGUUUGUGAGCUAUGUUAUGUGAAGCUCAAAUUGUUGUUGAUCGCUAUUGAAUACAAGUCAGAGCAGAGGGAAAGCAGUAUUCUGAUCAACCCUGGAAACCAUGUAAAGAUGCAGGAGGGAACCUUGGGAUUCUUUAUUGCCAGUGAUGCUAAAGAGGUCAAAAGAGCAUAUUUCUACUGCAAAGCUUGUCAUGAUGACAUCACAGAUCCCAAAAGGAUCAAAAAGUGUGGCUGCAAGAGGCCCAAAUAUAAUUAUAACGGAUAUGUUACAUCAUCAGCAGAUGGCGCUACAACUCCAGGGAAAACAGGAGGUCAGAGAGAGGCUGGGGUUCGGUUCAAAGCAGAAUGGAUUUUAGUGAAAGAGGAAGUUAGACCCGUUUUUCAAAAUCACACAGGUAAAUUAGGUACCGGUCUGACUGUCCCACAAACUUUGGCAAUGGAGCGUUCUGCUGAAGCCCUUGUAAUUAACCGUAAAGGAAGUCUGCUUCCUCCAGUCCCACCCCUACUCCGAGGUCUCGGCCUGGCUGACCUGAAUCGGGCCCGCAGCCUGCCUGGGAAAUACAGCUACCACCCCGACUCCUCCAUGCCCUCCUCCUCCCUGUGCUCGUCGGUGCUCUCCUCUUCCAUAACCACCUCCACUUGCCCGGCCACGCCCUUUGAAGACGAGCAUCCAUCAGCGCUGUCACCCAAAAAGAAGCAGCGCAACGGAGGCAUGCGAAAUUCACCCAACUGCUCACCCAAAGUGAUGAGACAUGACCCUUUACUUAUCCCAGGAAAUGAACAGAUUGAGAAUAUGGACGUGAACGUGAAGAGAUACGACUCCACUGGAAUGUUUCACUGGUGUCCUUCCAAAGACAUUGAGAAAGUCAUUCUGACGAGAAGUGAGGCCUCCAUGACGGUUCUGAGUGGGCACGUCGUGGUCUGUAUAUUUGGAGACGUCACUUCUGCUUUAGUGGGGCUACGCAACUUGGUGAUGCCUUUAAGAGCAAGUAACUUCCAUUACCAUGAGCUAAAGCACAUCGUAUUUGUAGGCUCACUGGAAUAUCUGAGGAGGGAAUGGGAAACCCUUCACAACUUCCCCAAGGUCUCCAUCUUACCCGGCACACCAUUAAGUCGAGCUGAUUUAAGGGCUGUAAACAUCAACCUCUGCGACAUGUGCGUUAUCCUUUCAGCCAAUCAGAACAAUAUCGACGAUGCUUCACUGCAGGACAAGGAAUGCAUCUUGGCAACACUCAACAUCAAAUCUAUGCAGUUUGAUGACAGCAUUGGGGUCCUGCAGGCUAAUUCCCAAGGUUUUACGCCUCCAGGAAUGGACAGAUCAUCUCCAGACAACAGUCCAGUGCAUGGGUUGGUUCGCCAAGUGUCCGUCACCACUGGCUCCAACAUCCCAAUCAUAACUGAACUAGUGAAUGAUUCAAACGUUCAGUUCCUGGACCAAGAUGACGAUGAUGACCCGGAUACAGAGCUGUAUCUGACCCAGCCCUUUGCCUGUGGGACAGCUUUUGCUGUCAGUGUGCUCGACUCCCUGAUGAGCGCUACGUACUUCAACGAUAAUAUCCUGACGCUGAUCCGGACACUGGUGACAGGAGGGGCCACACCGGAGCUCGAGGCACUGUUGGCCGAGGAGAAUGCACUACGUGGGGGGUAUAGCACGCCGCAGACGCUAGCUAACAGGGACAGGUGUCGCGUGGCACAGCUUGCCCUCUAUGAUGGCCCUUUUGCAGACUUGGGGGAUGGUGGUUGUUAUGGGGACUUGUUUUGUAAAGCGUUAAAAACCUACAACAUGCUGUGCUUUGGAAUAUAUAGAUUAAGAGAUGCGCAUCUAAGUACGCUGAGCCAGUGCACAAAAAGGUAUGUCAUCACCAACCCACCCUACGAGUUCGAGCUCGUCCCUACAGACCAGAUUUUCUGCCUGAUGCAGUUUGACCACAACGCAGGUCAGUCGCGAACCAGCCUGUCACACUCGUCUCAUUCCUCACACUCGUCCAGCAAGAAGAGCUCUUCAGUUCACUCCAUCCCAGCCACCAACCGGCCCAACCGCAGCAGCAAGACCCGCGAAAGCCGCGACAAACACAAUGCAACAAGGAUGAAUAGAAUGAGCCAAGAAAAGAAAUGGUUUACAGAUGAACCAGAAAAUGCCUACCCGAGGAACAUUCAGAUCAAGCCCAUGAGCACUCACAUGGCCAAUCAAGUCAAUCAGUACAAAUCCACUAGCAGCCUGAUCCCACCAAUCAGAGAAGUUGAAGAUGAAUGCUGAAUCCCAGGGUUUUGACGAGUUGGCGCAUCCUGAUGUAAAAGAUGAGCGGUGAUGAAGAAGUGGUCAUGAUAAUAGCGACUCACUAUCAUUUUACACCUCAAGGUUUUUUUUUGUUUGUUUCUUUAAUUUAUUUUUAUUUUCGGUGAUUAUGGAAACUAGAAGGGACCUCCUGUGUGUAUACCUUUAAUGUUACUUCCAUGCUUUUGGAAACAUUUAAUUUAUAAAUGUAUACAUAGUGAUGUACAUAAUGACAAUCAAAUAAGGAUUGUACAGCCCUCUAGCACUUACGGAGUACUUCCUGUAAUUCCUUGCAAUAUCUCGUGUCUGUAGUGACCUGACUCUGUGCUGAAGGCUUUGUGUUAUGGAGGAUGAGGGUCACAGUCCUUCAGUUUGUUAACAUUACCCAAAGAACCUCAUCUGAAGUGUUGCUUAAGCCCCACUACACAUACAUACAUACAUACAUACAUACUGUACAUCCUCAUCUGCUUCUUUUUGCACUAAAUGUAAUCGUGGAAGAACUUGAGACCGGGUUCUGAAAGGAGUGUAAACGUUUCUGAAUUCACAGCACAGUGAGUAAACUUGCUGGCUGACUACGGAGUGGCUCUGUUAGGAGAUGCGUCCUCAGUCCCGCUUUGCGUGGAGAAGCUUUCAUUUGAGUGAAUGUUGCACACAACCUGGACAUACAGAGCAGGAAAUUGAUUUAAUUUCCAUCCACAUAAACAGUGUAGGUCAUUGUGUACGGGAAUGUACUCAUCAUGUUUGUGUAAUAAUGCAAGACGUCAUCUCCAGCGUAGCCCUACUAAAUUGGCAAUACAUUAUCAGGAUAUGCACUACUUUUGUUGAUGUCUUUCCAUCAUGCUUGACUGCUGGUGUUGCUGUGGUUGUUAAUGAUGUGUAAGAUCGAGGCUCAUAAUGUGUUUGUUUGGAAGAGGCACAGGAAUCAAAUACUUGUGUGUGUGUAUAUGUACUGGUUUACACACUGCACUUAUUAAUCACGCUGAUAAUGCCACUGUGAUUGAGUUUUCAAAGCAGAUUUAACGUUCUCUCUGAUUCUGAAUUAAAGAAGAAACUUGGACUGUGUAACGUAACAUGCCACAUAUUGCGAAAAGUGGGCAUCCAGGGUUCCUCCUUCUGAUUGGCACCACUGCCUGACGCAUCGUUGGCACAGAGGCGGAGACGUGCUUGGAUGUUCUCUGUGCCCAACCGUGAUGCCGGAUAUACACACAAACGAAACUCAAUCAUGUGUGUCAUUAUCAUGUAAAGACAAUGUUGGACAGUGUGGUAUGUGGUUCUACUGUUAGACGGGACAGAAUGAACUCCACUCCGCUUCACGCUGGAACAUGGUGGUGUAUAGUGAGCCUUUCUGUGGGAAGUGUAAUAAUACAUAUGUUUAGCAGAACUUUGCUUGAAGUGUUCUGUCAGAUUUAUACAUACUGUACGUACAUAGUUAUUUUUUAUCCAUAUAAGCAUAAUCAUUUUGUACUUAUUUUUAUACAUAUCAAAGAACUUUAUUUCUAAAAGUAUCUUAAAUAGAUAUUAACAAGGCUUCAGUACACACCAGUUAAGUUUGUUGUACGUUUUUACCCGUGGCAACAGAACACGUCAUGCUUUUAAAAGGACAAGCGUACUAUCCAUCUCGUGCUACAGGAGACUGUCACAAAGUUCCAGCUUCAGCUCUCCGUCUGCUUUUCUGGGAGAGGACUUUAAUACUCAAUACUUGAGCUGCUUUGAAGGACCUAGCUAUAUCAAUUACAAUAUUCUAUUAUUCAUUUUUAUUGGCUGAGAUACACUACUGAUACCGUAAUUAGAUGUAAACUGUAGUAUAAUUCCAGGCUGAGAGUGAAAAUUGAUGGUGAAAAUGUGCAUGAGAAUGCAAGCCAGUGACUUGCAUCUACUCUCUCUUUCUCUGUCUCUCUCUCUCUCUCUCUCUCUCAGGGUAGAAUUGAUCGUUAUUACUGAUAUUGACCUAAAUUAGGUCUCAGGAAGCAGAGUAACAUGCUGAAAUAUUUUCAUGUGCAUAAACUAUAAUACCCUUAAAACUGUCUUUGAAAGGCACAGAUCGCCUCAGUCAGUGAGCUAAUCACCCUCUAAUGCUAGAUACUGUAGAAGAAAAAAAAAAAACAAUUUUACUGAGGGGGAAAAAUAUAGUAAUGCUUAUUGUUUGAAGUAUGUUGUGUAAAUUCUGCCCAUUUAUAGGCCACAUUUUAUUUUUUGAAGAACAAGGAGCUCAGCUUUAAUGUUUGUCCACUGGAUGUAGUUUGAUCCUAACGCAGCCCACUAGGCUCUGUCCUCAAGUGAUUUUGAAUUGUGAAUACAUGGACGUUACACUUUGUAGCACGUAGACUUCUUUUAAAAAAAUGUGAGUAAACUGUAUGUAAAAUUGGAUUGUUAAAUAACACACUCGCUAAGCUGGAGAAAAAAAAGGAUUCAGACAUUACGAUUCAGAUGAAUCAUAAAUCACAAAAUAUUGGAGUCAUAUUUAUAGAGGAUUUGUCCAAGAUUCUUUUCCUGUAAUGAAACUCAUGCAGUGCAUCGCAAAGAAGAGCUAAAAUACAACACAGAAAGCAGGUUUGAUGAAUGUUUUGAGUGAAGCUAAGUUCAUUGGUUAUACUGUAAUUUCAGUUUAUUUCUUUAAUUUUAGCGUUUACAUUCCAUAUUGCCAGUUUGUAAGCAAUUACAUGUUAUAGUAGUAAAGUCAUUGUUUAAAAUGCUCACUAUCAUUUAUUUAUUUAUUUAUUUACAGAUAAAACAUAAUUAUUAUAUAUCAGGAAUGGGUUUUUUUUCUCCGUUUUCCUUUAGACAGCUAAAGUCUGUCCACAAAGUGAUAAACAAGGCUUGUCCUUCAGCUUGACUUUAUUCUCCAGUGUGCAACAAGAGCCACAGCAGUUCCAUACAGUGUGUGUGUGUGUGUGUGUGUGUGUACCUGCUGUGAGGUAAAACCACUGUUCUCGACAUAUCAGACUGUCUAAAGUGCCAUGACGUUGUCUCUAAACCAGCAUCAUUCAGUCAGCUGUUUAAAUCAUGAAGAGGAUUUUUGUGGCAUCAGCCCUGGCAUGGAGAACAUCCAAGCCACACAAGCCUCCAUGCCAGGGCAGUGCAGGCGGUGCUCCAGUCAGACUGAAGGAGGAACGUCUGAAGACCCACUAAAGCGAAAAGUGGCAUCUGAGAGCUUAACGUUUCAGUUAUAAAGCCAGACUCUAGUGAUACACAAAUAACCAGAUAAAUAGAAAGCAGCAGAACACACUGACUGAAAGAUGCUGGGCACUAAAUGAGAUUUAAUGUGUCUGUUUGGUCAUCUCUCUACUUGUUAAAGAGUGUUGUUUCAGACAAUUAUUCUACUGUAAAAACCGGCUGUCACUACAACGUUACAAACUGUAUUGAAUAAUGUGCUUUAAGGGAAUUAAGUCUUAACUGAAAGUGAGACCUAAGCUUUUUUUUUUUUCUCUUUUAAUUUUAACAAAAAAAAAAAAUUCAGAACAUUCAAUUUCUAUUGAACUAUUUGGCUGUUCAUUACAGGAAAAAGGAGUUUGAACUGUUUUAGCUGAUGGAGAAAUUGAUGGUGCUGAGUUGAUCUACCUGACUCUGUCAAAUAUAACCUGCUGAUAAACAUACUGUCUUGUACAAAAAGUUUGUACAUAAAUU